CUCUGGAGUUUGGUGGGGGGCAGACACUGUUGGUCCUUCUUUGUGCAGAAGAGGCAUGAUGAGAUCUGCGUUGGACUUUGGGGUCCUGCUUGUGACGAUGGCCGGCCUGGGGGGCUUCCCUCCCCAGGUGCAGAGCGUGGGGCCAAGAGAGCACUUCGUCCACCAGUCCAGGGGCGAGUGCUUCUUCACCCCCCUCAACGGGACCCAGCUGGAGAUCCGCCUCCUGCACACCUGGAUCUGGGGCCAGCAGGACAUCGUCCUCUUCGACAGCCGCCUCGGGGAGUUCCGGGCCGUCACGCCGCUGGGCGAGUUCGUGGCCAAACAGUGGAACAGCGACAAAGCCUUCCUGGAGAGAAAGCGGCACGAGGCGGACUCCUUCUGCCCGCACAACUACGAAGUCGACGGGGCCUUCGCCCGCGCCAGGAGUGUCCAGCCCCAGGUGACGAUCAUCCCCACAGACUACGACCCCUCCUCCCUCAACACUUUGCUGGUUUGCUCCGUCACUGGCUUUUACCCCUCGGAGAUCGAAAUCAAGUGGCUGAGGAACGGGAAGGAGGAAGGCGAAAGCAAAGUGGCCACCACCGACCUGAUGAGGAACGGGGACUGGACCUACCAGAUCCACGUCAUGCUGGAAACGCACUUGGAGCGCGGAGACCUCUACGCCUGCCAGGUGGAGCACGCCAGCUUAAACGGCACCGUCAUCACCGUGCAGUGGGACCCACAAUCAGAUUCUGCCAGGAACAAGAUGUGGACGGGGGUCGUGGGGUUUGUGCUGGGGCUGGUCUUUUUCCUCCCUGGACUCGUCCUUUUCCUGAAGAAUAAGAAAGGACGGGGCAUUCCACAACCUGCAGGACUUAUCAGUUAGACUUCACAGCUCCAGCUGGAUCCCCCCAAGUGAAGAAGCAUUUGUGUUCUUCCUUGCCAGUGGACACCUUUUCUUGCUUGGAGGAUGCAAAGUUCGGAGGCAGCACAGGAAGAACAGAAAAGGACUGUCAGAUCCUUUUCUCAUCUACACUCCACCCUUCAAAAACACUGUCGCUUCUUUGCCUCUUAUUUCUCUGGGGGUUUUUUUGUAUGGGAGGUGGAGAGAAGCCCCGUGACGUCUUUGCUGCAUUUCAUCUUGUCUUUUUGCCAGUGGAGACUUUUGCACAUGUCUGGUCCAGAUGGCCGCAUCCUGCACUGAGCCUUUCUCGGGGAGUCUGGACUCUCCCUUCAGAGCCAUAGGAUCUUGUGGCAUUCUGAAGACUUCCUCCUGGGCUUUGAGAUGCCACCAGUUUCUCUGCUGGUUUUGCUGUAACAGAUCAACACAAGGCCAUCUCUUGUGGGUUGUUCCUGCAGCUCUGGGAGGCUGGAUGGCAGGGGUGGGAUUUGCUGAGGGCUGCCUUUCUUUCAGAUUCACAGGUAUAGAUUACGGUUUUGAUAUUUAUUCUAGCCACUGGCCACCGCUACAGUCAUUAGGACAGUGUUGUGCACCACACCUUUUUACACAAGAAGCAAACCAAAACAUAAGUAAAUUAGGUCAGCACUCUGUCAGCUAACCCUCUCCUUAUCCCAAGUACAGUCACUGCUGUAACAAGGUUAGAGGAUCCUGUGUUCAAUAAUGGACAUUGGCCGCCCUUUUUCACUGUGCCUCUGGUGCCACGGAAAUAUUUUACAUUUUUUAUUCGUUCUGGAUGGCCACCACUACCCCCAACACAAAGGUCCCCACCCCCCACCCCGCAGCAGCUCCUUGCUGCACCCUCUCUUGCUGCCCUGCUUGCUCCUUCCGCCCCACUGGCCAGCCAACUUGCACAACGAGGAGGGGCUGAAUGGCCUCUAUCCUUGCUCAAGUGAGCAAAGAGGCCACUCCACCCCUUACUGCUUUGCAAGUAGGCUGGCCAGAGGGGCAGCAGUGGGCAGCAAGAGCAACGGCAGGCAGGGAGGCCAAAGCAGUGGUGGAUGGGUCUGUGAGUAUUAGCACUCUCGGGAGGGGGAGGAGCAACAGUGGUGGUGGUGAUGGGAAGUAGCAGGCAGGAAGGGUGAGGGGGAGCAACAAAGUGUUCCCUCCAAGUGACUGUGGGAAGCCUGUGUUUUUGGAAGAUGUCUGCCCGAUGAGAGUUAUGCCACCCGUCCCAAAACAAUGAGCUAAAUGUAAAGAAAAGAUUUUUCUAAUAAAUCACCUUCUUUGGAAAUCUCCCAGAAUCUGUUCUUGUCCCAGAUUGGCUGAUGUGAGGGGUGAGAGUGUUGAGGAGAGUCUUAUGGGUCAGUCUUGGCUCUGUGGGUCCAGCCGUCUUUGUGUCCCGCACUCUCUCUUUCUUCCGGAUCCAAAGAUAAUUCAGUAGUUCACUGGGAAAUCUGCUCCUAGGCAGAUGCUAGAGGUCUGAAACUCCCCUUUCCUAGUUUGUUUUCCCUUGUAGGGCGGGUGGAGGUCAAUUCCCCAGUUGUCCCCAUAGACACUGAUGAUUCUGGUUCCAGGGACAGAAUCCUUCCCCCACCUGCUAGCUUUAGUUGCUUGGUAAGAAAUCAGUUAAAUGUAUAUAAUCAUUUCAGUGGCUUAUUUGAUCAUUGCAAUCCUCUUACAUUGCCCAGUGUCAUCUGACUCAUUUAAAUGCAGCAAGACAUUGCACAGCACAGCCUUGAUGUGAGAUUAUUUCUUCUGAAUCGUAUCAAUAAAGUGUUUUUCCCCA